CUAAACUUCCACAACAUCUCAACUACCCCUCCCCCAUUUCUUCUCCGCGUUAUGUUGCGCUACUGCUGCAGGGCAAAGCAGGGCAUGAUGCCAUCUUCGGAUGUCUCUGCCUGUUCUGUACCAAUCUAUGCCUCCAAUUUGGAGGCGAGCCAAACCAUUACGGAUACAUCGCAAGGCCGAUGCCUCUCCUUGAUCAGGAGAGUCGUGAAGCGAGCGGAGAAGCGUUUUUCCCUAAGAGUAUUGAGUUUGUUUCGUUUCGAUUGCUAUGAUAUGAAUUUUUUCUGAGCAUUAAUAUUCAUGCUUAGUUUCAGGACCCAAAGUUUGGAAGCUAAUUAAUUCCUCGGCUUUAUCUUCAAGGUCCACGCAGAAGAUUUCGAGCCAGUAGUGGGCAUUGAAGUCCAGUAUUAUCACAAGACAUGAUUUGAUCACUUCUUUCGGAUCAUAUGUUCCUAGAUUCCGUACUCAGACAGGGACAAGACCCAUCUUGGGUAUAGUGGUGGGGUGCAGGGUGGUUUACAAGCCACCUCAAGAUAUCUCAUUGGCAAGUGCGGCUCGCUCCUCAGUUCAGUGUUUCCCAUAGUCUAUGGAGAAUGAGUGAAUGACUAGGACUACUCGCGUCCUGUUCCGUCAAUCUUCUCCACUUUGUCCCCUGCGAUUUGGCGUUACUUUUCUCUCGUCCCAUGUUCCCAAACUUAGUUCAGCUUGCAGCCAGUUGAAUCUCAGGUGUUCCUGUAGAGUGGACCCUUGAUCUUCACAUCACCUUCAAACUCACUAUUAGUUCUUGUACCUUCUCAGGCUAUUCGGAACCUCAAAUCAGUCGGCCGUGAUGCUCCUCCGUUAGACUACGCUUGAAGUGGCGACCCGAUGAAGCCACGGGUUGCUAGCUAUAUAAAUGGUUCGAGGCUUUCUACUUUUUCUUUCGAUUCAUUCACAGCCAUCCAACUUUCACAUCAUUCUUCAGAUAUGACAAUCAAGAACGCUCUCUUCGCUGCUGCGGCACUUGUGUCGGCUGUCAGUGCUCAGUCCGGAGCAUAUGGACAAUGUGGUGGACAAGAUUGGAAGGGAUCUACGACCUGUAUCUCUGGAUAUUAUUGCAGUUUCGGUAACCAGUGGUAUUCUCAAUGUCUGCCUGGAUCACCACCAGCUGGGACAACUUCAACGACUUCAGCGCCAGCAACAAGUCGGCCAACUAGUGGUAGUGGGACCACAACAUCGAAGCCUGCUACUACUCCUGGAGGAACCCCGACAACCAGCAUCCGUCCAGGGGGGACGACUGCCGCAGCCAGUGGAAAUCCUUUCUCGGGAGUUGCUUUAUACGUCAACCCAUAUUAUGCCUCUGAAAUCAGCGCAUAUGCCAUUCCUUCGCUCACUGGAGCCAUGGCAACCAAGGCCGCUGCAGUUGCGAAGACUCCUACUUUUGUCUGGCUCGACACUAUGUCCAAAGUUCCUCUUAUGGGUACUUUCCUUGCCAACAUCCGAGCUUUGAACACUGCAGGUGCUAGCCCAAAGGUUGCUGGAACAUUUGUCGUCUAUGAUCUGCCAGACCGGGAUUGUGCCGCUCUUGCAUCGAAUGGAGAGUACUCAAUCGCCAAUGGAGGUGUUGCCAACUACAAGAAGUACAUUGAUGCCAUCAAGGCUCUUCUUGUGACCUACUCAGAUGUUAAGGUCAUUCUCGUCAUUGAGCCUGACUCCCUAGCCAAUCUUGUCACCAACAUGAACGUCGCCAAGUGCUCUAAUGCAGCUGCUGCCUACAAGGAAUGUACAACUUAUGCUAUACAGCAACUGAACCUUCCCAAUGUUGCCAUGUAUCUUGAUGCUGGUCACGCUGGAUGGCUGGGAUGGCCCGCCAAUAUUGGACCUGCAGCAACCUUGUUUGGAGAUCUCUACAAGGCAGCUGGCAGCCCCUCCCAGGUUCGAGGUCUGGCCACAAAUGUUGCCAACUACAACGCCUGGAGCAUUGCUACCUGCCCAUCGUACACUCAAGGCCAAGCAGACUGCGAUGAGCUUCGAUACGUCACUAAGUUCGCACCUCUUCUUACUGCUGCCGGAUUCCCAGCCCACUUCAUCACUGAUACUGGUCGCAAUGGAAAACAGCCAACCGGUCAACAACAAUGGGGAGACUGGUGCAACAUCAAAGGAACUGGCUUCGGCGUUCGCCCAACCACAGAUACCGGAACUGCCAUUGAGGACGCCUUUGUCUGGAUCAAGCCCGGUGGAGAGGCUGAUGUAAGUCGGAAGAACAUUCUCUGGAGAAUCAGCAAGGCUAACUUAUGCAGGGAACUUCCAACAGCAGCGCUGUCAGAUACGACGCUACUUGUGGCAGGGAGGCGGCUCUCCAGCCUGCACCAGAAGCUGGAACUUGGUUUGAGGCCUACUUUGAGCAACUGCUGACCAAUGCCAACCCACCAUUGUGAAGACCGGGCAUAUACUGUGCUUUGGUAUAAUAUCUUAUGAGUUGUGUUGAGAAAGGGAAGGGGACAUAUCUUUGACGAUAUACAAAACUUUGUACAUACAUUCUCUUCUAGUAAAUACUACAUCUAGCACAUAGCACUUUUGUCCAGGGC